CCGGGCCGUACUGUUUUAGGCAGGAGGGCGUUGUGCCCAAGCCUACUCCCUGGACAGCGACAUAUUUCAUUUCCUGUUCACCUUGUCUGCUUCAGGUUUUCUUUCUCGAGCAUGUCCCAACAGGAAGAGUUCGUUGGUGCGAUUGAUUGCGGUACAACAUCCGCACGCUUCCUCGUCUUUAAUGACGUUGCGGAAGUCAUCGCGGAGGCACAGGAAGAAUUUCCACAAUACUACCCGCACCCUGGAUGGCAUGAACAUGAGCCCGACGAAAUACAAGAGGUCGUCGAACGUUGCGUAGAGGAGGCGGUAGAGAACCUAGAGGCCAAAGGUCAUACUGCAAAGUCAAUCAAGGCGAUUGGUAUAACGAAUCAGCGGGAAACCACCGUUGCAUGGGAUCGUAUCACUGGGAAAGCGCUUUGCAAAGCCAUCGUUUGGGAUGAUUCCAGAACCAGAGGCGUCAUCCAUACCCUGGAGAGGCGUCUCAAGGAGAAGGGUAUUAGAGUUCAUGAUGAUCACCACAUCAACUCAGUGGAUGACCUUGUCACCAUCACUGGCACGCCUUUAUCGACCUAUUUCUCUGCUGUGAAGUUGACAUGGAUGAUGGAGCACCACGAGGAAGUCAAGAAAGCUCAUGAGGAGGAUCGGCUGCUGUUCGGCACGGUUGACAGUUGGCUCGUCUAUAACUUGACCGGUGGCGUGAAGUCUGGCAUCCACAUCAUUGAUGUGACCAAUGCUUCCCGAACUUUACUCUUUGACAUCAGGAAAUUACAAUGGUCACCUGCGUUGCUGGAAUUCUUUGGUUUCAAAGAGAAUAUCCUGCCGAGGAUUGUGUCUUCAUCCGAGGUAUACGCGGAGAUGGCAGAUGGCCCGCUCAAAGGUGUACCAAUUGCCGGGAUCGUCGGGGACCAGCAGGCAGCCCUGGUGGGCAACAAGUGCCUCGAGCCAGGACAAGCCAAGAACACGUACGGUACAGGCGCAUUCCUGCUGUGGAAUACGGGAGAGGAGGUUGUGAAGAGCGAUCACGGUUUGAUCACCACUGUUGCAUAUCAACCAGGACCAAAUGCGAAACCGAUAUAUGCGUUAGAAGGUAGUAUCUCAACGUGCGGCAGCUCAAUCAAGUGGUUACGAGAUUCUAUGAGGCUGAUUGAGAAGGCUUCUGAUAUGGACAAACUGGCACGCAAAGUAGAGGACACCGGCGGCGUGUACUUUGUUCCAGCCUUUUCUGGUCUUCUGGCUCCCUACUGGGACAGCGCUGCCGGCGGGCUCCUUAUCGGGUUGUCCGCCUAUACCACACCUGAACACAUUGCCCGAGCGACCCUGGAAGCCAUUGCGUACCAGACCAAGGCUGUUCUGGAAGCCAUGGCUCAAGAUCAUGGAGCGGAUCUGGAACAUCUGAAGGUCGAUGGAGGGGUAACCAAUUCGGAAAUGGCCAUGCAGAUCCAGGCGGACAUCGGUGGAUUUGAAGUCAUCAGGCCGUUGAUGAGAGAAUCCACUGCUCUUGGAUCUGCACUGUUGGCUGGGUCAGCGGUUGGACUCUUUGGUUGGGAUGUACGGCGGCCAGAGACAUUGAACAGAGUGAAUACCCAAGGCAACCAGACCUUUAACCCAAAGAUCAGCACCGAGGAGAGGGCACGGAUGUGGGUUGCAUGGAACCGUGCUGUGGAGCGCAGCAGAGGAUGGGAAGGCGACGACGAGUAGACAAAAAUUGAAGAUCGAAAUGUAGCACUAUACCACUUACCCACACCAAUAAUAGUUUAAUA